AAGAAGAAGAGGAGGAGGAGGUUCUGACCAAAGGGAAGAAGGAAGAUGAAGGCUCAAAGGCAAAACCAAAAUUAGCAAGAUCGUCUACAAAAUCAAAAUCAACAAGGCCAUCUAAAAAACCAAAACAAGACGAACUACUUUUUAGGCUGUUAACCUAUUACGAACCGACCGAAUUUGAUGCCCCAGAGUUCCUGCGAUAAGACUAAAUAAAGUAACGGCUUCAAUGGACCCCUGCGCUAAUGUGGACCGCAUAUGGCGGAGACUAGGCAGGUUUGGUCGCUAUCAGGUCGUCCAGCUACUGAUCACCUUGGUAACGAUCUGGUCGGCGGCCUUUAGCCUGAUGAGUUCCGUGUUUACAGGGCACAAGCCCGUAGUUCAGUGCGCACCAAUAGAGAACUCCACUUACCUAAACACCAGUGACGUCACGAGGAACAUGAGGGUGGAAUACAAAGAAUGCGGUGUUGUAAUGUACAGAAACGUGACCAAUGGCACCACCCUACGACAGGAGAUUCCGUGCCCCGCGGGCUACCAGUAUGACAUACCACGUGACCGGAGUCUGGUCACAGAGUUUGACCUGGUGUGUGAUGACGGGAGUCUGGCCGAGGUCUCACAGAUGCUGACCAUGGCCGGUAUGGGCCUCGGGGCGGUGCUCUCCUCUGUCAUAUCAGACAGGUACGGUAGGAAGGUGGUACAGGUGGGAGCCCAUAUCGGCAUUUUCCUAGCCGGACUCGGUGUUGCGUUUGCUCCCAACUACACGGUUCUGAUUAUUCUAAGGUUCAUUUCUGGAGCACUGCAGCAGGCUCUAGCUGUGGUGGGGGCCGUUAUAGCAAUGGAGUGGGUCCCCGAGGAGAGUCGCUUUAUAUGUGAGGUGCUCGGUCUCCUUUUCUGGACAACAGGAGUGGUCCUUGUGACCCCGAUAGCUUACCUGAUGCGAGACAACACGUGGCGGGAGUUACAGAUCGCUCUGACCCUCUGUUCCUCCUACAGCCUGAUCCAGUAUUGGAUUCAGGAUGAAUCGGUCAGAUGGUUACUGAUGAACGGGAAAACAAAGGAAGCAGAACAAAUACUGCGAAGGGCAGCUAAGUGGAACAAAGUCAACUUUGAUGACGUCAUAUCAACUGAUGCAGUACAUGCCAACAGUCUUGAUACGAUUUCUCGUGAAUUAGAAGGAACAGAAAUGUCAAAAGAGCACAUACAGGAAGUGGGUCAUGUAGAGAAUUCUGGGAGUGUUAAGUCUCACAGAGAUGACAACGGUUUUACUGUAGAACGGUACUCCGUGAUCACAAUAUUCAGAAAUAAAUAUAUCCUUAAGAAUUCUGUGAUCAUGUGGUUUACAUGGCUGACUGACAGUUUGACCUAUUUUGGUCUGACACUGACAGCGACAACUUUGGCCGGGAAUCGAUUCUUGAACUAUUUUUUAUCGGGAGCUGUGGAGUAUGUUGCAUGUUUUCUAGAGUAUAACAUGAUGAAAAGAAUUGGUCGGAGGUCUAUCACCAUUAUUUUCCACGCCACCUCUGCUAUAGCCCUGCUGAUUGCAACCCUGGUCCAUUCUUUUGGAGGGGUGGAAUCCUCAAUGACAACGACAUCAUUAGUUUUCACCUUGAUUGGUAAAAUGGCCAUCACCGGCUCUUUUAGCACGAUAUUUCUCUUUACACCAGAACUUUAUCCUACCAAUCUAAGGAAUGUUGGAAUUGGGAUGUCGUCUGCUUUCGCUCGUCUUGGUGGCAUGUUGUCCCCUUUUGCUGGAACCUUGGCCAAGCAGGCGUCGUGGGCUCCUGCUGCUAUUUUUACCUGUAUGUGCUUCCUCGUCACAGUGGCAGUGACCAAUCUACCAGAGACACGUGGGGUCGAACUCCCGUCGACCAUUGGCGAACUUGAAGAGUGGCACAAAAAGCAGACAACAAAAAAGAAGACAAACGCCAGAGGUACAACUAUGGACCCGUACACUAAUGUCGACGAGAUCUGGAUUGCUCUGGGAAAGUUUGGAAAGUUCCAGAUCACUCAACUGCUCGUUUCGUGGAUAGCGAUCUUAUCCUUGUGCUUCCAGCUACUGAACGUGGUUUUUAUUGGAUACAGACCGACCUUUCAAUGUGCACCAAUAGAGAACCUCACUCUUCUGUCGGCACAGUUUCCUGGUGACGCCGACAUUUUUGUGACCUACGACAAGUGUAGUGUAAACAUUUACAGGAACAACACGAACGGAUCCGUGCUGCUAGAGGAGCGAGACUGUCCGAAUGGAUACUCCUACUCCACUCCGAAAGACGCGACUUUCGUUACUGAGCUUGACCUUGUCUGUGACAAUGCAGCGCUGGCAGAGCUCACGCAGACAAUGACGAUGGUGGGACAAGGUUUGGGCGCCAUGCUUGCGUCUUCCAUGGCGGACAGAUUCGGUCGGAAGACCAUCCACCUGAGCUCCCACAUCGCCCUCUAUCUGGUUGGCUUUGGUGUGGCCUUUGCUCCAAAUUACACCGUGCUGAUCAUUUUAAGGUUUAUCACAGGAGCUAUCCAACAGGGAGUCGCCAUGUCCGGUGCAGUUAUAGCGUUGGAAUGGGUCCCGACCAACAGCCGGUACCUGGUGGAGAUCUCCUCCCUGCUGUUCUGGUCCACCGGUGUGUGUGCUAUCGCUUUGUUUGGUUACCUGAUGCAGAGCUACUCCUGGAGAUACUUACAGCUGGCCUUUACUCUUUAUUCCUCAUUCUCUCUCAUUCAGUACUGGGUGCAAGAAGAAUCUGUUCGGUGGCUCCUCAUGAAUGGCCGGGUCAAGGAGGCCGAGAGGAUAGUGAGGAAGGCCGCGCGGUGGAACAAUGUCAGCUAUGAGGAGGUCAUAGCCAAAGCAUCGCUAAAAGCCGCGGAAACAAAGACAUUGCUGUAUAAUGGCGCCGACAAAAUGGCGGACACCUGGGGGAGGGAUCAAAGGGAGACGGGCGAGGUCAUGGAAUUGAAUGGCAUUUCUGUGACCCCCGAGACCCAAACUGUCCAAGAAAAAGAAAGCAAAGAUUACAGCGUAGAACGCUACAAUAUAAUCACAGUACUGAGGACCAGACGUCUGUGUGUGAACUCAAUGAUCAUUUGGUUCUCAUGGAUCACGAUCAACUUGACCUAUUAUGCUUUAACCUUGACCUCGACAUCCUUGGCUGGGAACAUGUACAUGAACUUUUUCCUGAACGGGACGAUGGAGUACGUAGCGUGUUUUGUUGAGAUGUUCCUGUUACAACGCAUGGGUCGGCGUCCGGCGGUUGCCAUACUUCACCUGGUUACCGGGGUGGCCUUGGCGGCCGCUACUCUGCUCAACCACUUUGCAGAUGGUAACAGUGACAUGAUGACUGCGUCAGUAGCUUUUUCUUUCACGGGGAAAAUGGCGAUAACGGCAGCAUUCAGCGCUGUGUUUUUGUAUACCCCGGAGCUGUACCCCACAAACCUUAGAAGUGUCGGUAUAGGCUUUGCUUCAGCCAUUGCGCGAAUUGGUGGAAUGCUGGCUCCAUUUGCUGGGUUGUUUGCGGCGUACGUGCCGUGGGCCCCGGGGACAAUUUUCUCCGUGCUGUGUCUCGUUGUGGCUGGCAUUGUGUUAUAUCUACCGGAAACCCGAGGAGUGGAGCUACCGACAAACCUGGCCGCACUCAACUCGUGGUACAAGGAGAACUCUGGGACAGACAGAAACCAGAGAAAUAAACGGAAUAAAGUGAUCACAAAAAUUAUGUCUGACCAGACCUAGUGUGUGGGUAAAUGUGACUUCCAUUGUCGCUGGUAUUUUGUUGUUAAUUUUUUUAAUUUAAAGCUUUUCAGUCAUUUAAAAUUAUGUCAAUAUAUUUUCAUGUCUAUAAAUUUUUCGUAGUAUAAUUCCUUGUUAUUGUUUGCCAUCACAAUUGCUAUGAAGGAGUUCAUGUACAUUUACAUCA